AUGUCCAGCGACGGAAACGGCAACACCAACUGCAGCAACAUGGUCAACUGCUAUAACUGCAAGGAUAGUAGCAACUGCAACGGAUGCAACGGACUCGUCAACUGCAGCAACAUGAACAAGAGCAACCAUUGCAAUGACAGCAGCAACUGCACCGACUGCUCUAACAUGGUCGGCUGCUCCAACUGCAGCAACUGCUCCGGCCUGACCAACGCCAGCAACCAGCACGGCGUCCACAACUCCCAGCAGCACCAGCUGUAA